CUGCAAGCGACAGAGACAGAGAGACCUGAACGGCGGACUGGAGUCUCGUUCAAGCGCUCAGGACGCACAGACGGAGUUGCACAAUCAGCGCACCGAAGGCACUCCACACAACAGAAAACCUUCAACGCGCCCUCACAUCUCCCCGCCUGUGAUCUCUGCAAGUGGAUUUAAUCGACUUCCCGUAAAAGUCUUAGUUAUUGUGCGCAUUGAAGGAUUUGAUUUUUUUAGGAAUUUAUUUCACAAAACACUUUUUUAGUCUACCUGUGAAGACAUGCGUCGGUGCACAGUGGUGCUGCUUUUGUUAGCGGUGUCCAUAUACUUCCUGAGCGCUGAAGCCUACAAGUGCAGGUGCACCAGAAAAGGACCAAAGAUCCGAUACAAGGAUGUGCAGAAGCUGGAGAUCAAACCCAAACACCCUAACUGCCAAGAGAAGAUGAUAUUUGUGACAAUGGAGAAUGUCUCCCGGUUCAAAGGGCAGGAAUACUGUCUUCAUCCCAAACUUCAGAGCACAAAGAAUCUGGUCAAAUGGUUCCGCAUCUGGAAGGACAAGCACAGGGUGUAUGAAGCCUAAACUCUUAGCUACCCAGAACGUAUGGAUGGAGUGUGACUAAAAAGACAACAUCACCAGGGCUGUACACACUACAGCUGUACUUCUCCCUCUUCUGCCUGCAGAUCUGUCAAGCACAUCAAGAGUUAUCUGUAGUCUGUAUAUAAUCUGAAUGGCUUCUUUUAGUCUGCCAUCCAUGUAGUUACAUCUCUCACAUUCCCAGGUUCUUUACAACUGUAGUUACGUUUGUCAAGUAGAGGGAGGAGACACAGCCAUCUGUUCUCAAACAGUUGUAGCUCUGUUCAGGUAUUAUUUAAAGGGACUUCUCUUUUGCUUUGCCUUUUAGGAUUCACAGGGAAUACUGUGUAGAAGAUAAUGAUGAAACCGACAAAACCUUCCUUUGAAAAAUACAGAAGUCUGUAUUCAGAACACAGGUAUAUUUGAACUCUGCCAGCAUGUAGGAUCUGGUUUAGCAUGUUAAGAGAUUGCAGUUGAAAUGCAGUGAUAAAAUAAGUUAGAUUGUUUGUAUUUGUAGCUGAGAGUCAGUGUGUGGUUUCAUUUGAAGCAGAUGUUGCUGUCAUUCUUAAACUGAGAAAAUUCAACCACUGUGUGUUCGUGUUUGUAUAUGUGUGUGUGUGUGUGUGUGUAUGCGCGUAAGAGAGUAUGUAUUUAGCAUGUCCAUGCUAGGUAUAAGUGUCAAACAAGCACAACUCUUCACGCCAACCUCUUUGUAAAAUGUUUUCUCUCUUAACCUGCAGGGCAUACACUCAACAGAUUACACACAAUUCAAAUAAAUCAUUUGUGCCAUUUUUAUACAUAGUUUUUAUUAAAUACACAAAUAAGGCAAAACCAUUAUCUAUUCAAUCACUAGUCAAGCUUUUUUGUUUGUUUUUUUCUCUUGAAAUAAAUGUGUAAUGAAGCAAUAUGUCAUAAUGUAUAAACUGUCUAGAGCUAUUGGGAAUGAGUUGGGUUUAAUAGCAUCCUAAAAGGACAGAGCUGACAAUAAUCUAGAUUCUUAUUAUUGUCAGCGCACCUGCACAUAACAUCUCUCCAUGUUGUUUUUCUAACUUUCAAACCAUUUAUGGCACUCCAUCUCAUUUGUUCCUUUUGAAAAAGUAUAUAAUAAUAAUUGUUAUCAAAGUUAAAAUUCAACAUUGUGCAUUCCAUGAGGAGUUUUUUUUUAUUGUGGAUUUAUAGAAAGGUGCAUGACUUGACAACAUAACAGUAGCCCGUUAGCUACAGUUUUUAUGGUUAUAAAAAAAGUACAUCGGUCAGUGCUAUCAUGUGGCUCUUUAAAAUUGUUUUUGGACAACAGUGGAGCGAAACAGCACAGAAAAUCCAAGGUUUUUAGAAACAAAGAGGGUAAAUGCUUUUGUUUUCAUUUGGAUUUUUGUGAUUUGACUUGUUGACAAUAAACACUGUUAAAUAUGAUCAGAUUCAUCUUAUAAGACGGCUAUGUGUAAUAUACAAAGACCAGUGUUGGGGGG